AUGAAUGAUAGUGGUUUGGGAAUUUACGGAACCAGUUAUAAAACUAUGAUAUAGACAACAAGGGAGAAUACCAUCUAGGAUCAUUUAUAUCUCCAAACUUCUUAUCAUAAUAAAAAAUCUGUUAGAAUCAAGACCAAAACAGUUAAUGACUCUAUUUUUAAUGGACUUAGAAUAGGUACAACAACGCUUCAAUCCCAUAGAUCGAGAUAUCAAUCUACUCAACAGGAAUCAAGGUAAUUAAGUUCUGCAGGCUAUCAAUCUCAGCAGUACAAGGGAUGUAAAAACUAUAAGUGUUUAAAAACUAUUUCAGAUUUGUAAGAGGCCUAAGAAGAGAAUCUGUAAACCAUUAAGGCAUUGACACAGGAGAUAGAUAAAUUAAGGAAGGAGUUACAAUCAAAUACUAAAUAGAUUAUCAAUGAAGACAAAUUAAAAGAACGGUUAGUUUCAGCGACAGGCCGAGUCUAAGUCUAUAAAUCAUUAGGCUUGUUUGGAUAGAGUAUAGAUAGUAACUAGAUGGCGAACAUUUCCAAAACUGAUUCAAUUGUUUUGAAUAGAACGAUUUCGUAAUUUCACAAAGGAGAAAAUAUUAAUAUUUCACAAUUGUUAAAUAAUUAAUAGAGUGCUGAAUAGGAAACAAUAAAGUUAUUAGAAAUAUAUCAUAAGUCUCAAAUCUAAAAUUAUUCCUAUCAUUCUUAUAAGGGUAAUCAAAACUAAAUCCCAUAUAUCAAAUGCGAUAAAUGUGAUUCCAUUAAGAACCUGCACAUCGUCCGAUUAGAAUGUAAGCAUCAAUAUCACAUAAAUUGUUUCAUUGAACACAUCAGAUUUUAAUUGUCAAAACAAUAGGACAGUUUUAAUAUAGUUGGAACUCUACAGUGCCAUUGCAAUGCAAAUAUUCAUUUGAACUAGAUUAAAUUGUUAAAUCAACCGGAGUUCUCAAUUAUAUACCAAAUUAUUGCAAACUUUUAACUUUUUCUAUUAGCAAAGAGCCAUUAUUUAGCCAAUAAUUAGAAUCAGAAGUAGAGCAUCUAAAAGUGCAUCAAAGAACAUUGCUACUUCAUUAUCAUAGGGGAGGAAGAUAAGAUAUCAUAUUGUCCAUUGUGUUGUGAAUUUAAUUUAUUUGUGUAAAUUAAAUUUAUUUGA